GGCUCCGCCCCUCUCCGGGUGGCCAGCCGGCGUCCCGUCAGGCGCCACGCGGGGUCAGCGCGGGGUCAGCGUGGGGUCGGAGGGCUAGGCGCGCUGCGGUUCCGACGGCUCUCCGGCUCCCCGGCUCCGCGGCCAGUCCGGGCGUGCGCAGAGCAGGAUGUACACGCUGCUGUCAGGCCUGUACAAGUACAUGUUCCAGAAGGAUGAGUACUGCAUCCUGAUCCUGGGUCUGGACAACGCCGGGAAGACGACUUUCUUGGAGCAGUCAAAGACCCGGUUCAACAAGAACUACAAGGGGAUGAGUCUGUCCAAAAUCACUACCACUGUGGGCCUAAACAUCGGCACUGUGGACUUUGGAAAGGCCCGCCUCAUGUUCUGGGACUUAGGGGGGCAGGAGGAGCUGCAGUCUUUGUGGGACAAGUACUACGCGGAGUGCCACGGCGUCAUCUACGUCAUCGAUUCCACGGACGAGGAGCGGCUGUCCGAGUCCAAGCGAGCAUUCGAGAAGAUGGUCACAAGCGAGGCGCUGGACGGUGUCCCCAUCCUGGUGCUGGCCAACAAGCAGGACAUUGAGACUUGUCUCUCCAUCCCGGACAUCAAGACUGUGUUCAGCGACUGCGCCUCCAAGAUCGGCAGGCGCGACUGCCUGACCCAGGCCUGCUCGGCCCUCACGGGCAAGGGGGUGCGCGAGGGCAUCGAGUGGAUGGUGAAGUGCGUCGUGCGGAAUGUGCACCGGCCGCCGCGGCAGCGGGACAUCACAUAGGCGCAGGCCCCACCGCUCGUCCUGAAGAGCUCCUGCUGGCCCCGCGCCGCUGAUCCCCCCGGGGGGCUGGGUUGGAUUUGCCUUGUGGUGGUUCUACUUGCUUUGUUUUUCUUCUAAGACAAACUUUUCUCUGUAUCCAGAAAAGCGUAGGCAUCCGGAAGCUUUUUCUGCCGAGGGGAGCUGGGGCGGCAGGGACCCCACCAGACCCCCACAUCGGGCCUGGACCCCGCCCCCAAGGCCCAGUUUUGGGGCCCCGGGGUGAGGCCUUGGCAGGCCACCACUCCCCUUUGGAGCUGCUGCUCCAGCAGGCCUGCCGGCCUGGACCCUCGUGGGGCCUUGUGGGGCAGCUGCUUGGAGCUGGGUUUCUCCAGAGGUGUGGGGCCCUUCACAGUGCCCAGGGCUGCUCCAUGCGUCGUGCCCACAGAGGGGGCUGGGGGGCUGUGGCUGUCCUCAGCCUCUGUCCCCUCUGCUCCUGGAGGUGGGCUGGCGGGUUGGUGUCACCUUGAGGAAGACCUGGGCUUGCCUCCGUCCCGGUCCCGGAGCAGCCUCAGGACGGGGCAGGGGAAACCUGCCUGGGAGGCUGUGUGCCCCCUCCACUGGCCCAGCCACCUUGUUUUGAUCUCCAGCAAGGACGGUAAAGCUGGGAGGUUGCGCUGGGAGUGGGCCUCCCCGGC